CCUUCUUCCCCGCCGCCCCGGCCCCAGAGGUGCCGGGGACCCACCUUCCCGGCUCGCGUGCGCCCAGUUCCGCGGCCCCGGCGGGUCCCCGGGCCGCGGCGCCCCCGCCGCCCGCGUCUCCCCGGGAGGGGUCAGGUGGGCGGGCACUAUUGUUGUGGGAGCCCGCGGCAGAUUCCUCAGCCGCGCUGGCGCGCUCGGGGUGGGACCGGCUGGGCUGGGGGGUGGGGAGGGGAGCGGUGAUCUGAGCGGCGAGCAGCUGGUCUUCGCGGCUCGCUCCUUCCUUCGCGCUCUCCGCCGCCGCCCGCAGGGCUGCGCGGCUCGGUGGCAUCUCGGGCGCGGCCCGCCGUCCUCGCCCCCGGCGCCGCUCGCUUUCCCCCCCACACCCCGGACUCCCCCAUGUAUGACGACUCCUACGUGCCCGGGUUUGAGGACUCGGAGGCGGGUUCAGCCGACUCCUACACCAGCCGCCCCUCUCUGGACUCUGACGUCUCCCUGGAAGAGGACCGGGAGAGUGCCCGGAGAGAAGUGGAGAGCCAGGCUCAGCAGCAGCUAGAGAGAGCCAAGCACAAGCCUGUGGCGUUUGCCGUGAGGACCAAUGUCAGCUACUGCGGGGUCCUGGAUGAGGAAUGCCCGGUCCAGGGCUCUGGAGUCAACUUUGAGGCCAAAGAUUUUCUGCACAUUAAAGAGAAGUACAGCAAUGAUUGGUGGAUCGGGAGGCUAGUGAAAGAGGGCGGAGAUAUCGCCUUCAUCCCCAGCCCCCAACGCCUGGAGAGCAUCCGGCUGAAGCAGGAACAGAAGGCCAGGAGAUCUGGGAACCCUUCCAGCCUGAGUGACAUUGGCAACCGGCGCUCUCCUCCUCCGUCACUAGCCAAGCAGAAGCAAAAGCAGGCGGAACAUGUUCCUCCGUACGAUGUGGUGCCCUCCAUGCGGCCUGUGGUGCUGGUUGGACCUUCUCUGAAAGGUUACGAGGUCACAGACAUGAUGCAGAAGGCUCUCUUCGACUUCCUCAAACACAGGUUUGAUGGCAGGAUCUCCAUCACCCGCGUCACGGCUGACCUCUCACUGGCCAAGCGCUCUGUGCUCAACAACCCUGGCAAGAGGACCAUCAUCGAGCGAUCCUCUGCCCGCUCCAGCAUUGCUGAAGUGCAGAGCGAGAUUGAGCGGAUAUUCGAGCUGGCCAAAUCCCUGCAGCUGGUAGUGCUGGACGCUGAUACCAUCAACCACCCAGCACAGCUCACCAAGACCUCGCUGGCCCCCAUCAUCGUGUUUGUCAAAGUAUCCUCACCGAAGGUUCUCCAGCGACUCAUCCGCUCCAGGGGGAAGUCGCAGAUGAAACACCUGACCGUACAAAUGAUGGCAUACGAUAAGCUGGUUCAGUGCCCACCAGAGUCAUUUGAUGUGAUCCUUGAUGAGAACCAGUUAGAGGAUGCCUGUGAGCACCUGGCUGAAUACUUAGAGGUUUACUGGCGAGCAACCCAUCAUCCAGCACCUGGCCCGGGACUUCUGGGUCCUCCUAGUGCCAUCCCUGGACUUCAGACCCAGCAGCUGCUGGGGGAGCGAGGUGAGGAACGUUCGCCCCUGGAGCAGGACAGCUUGAUGCCCUCAGAUGAGGCCAGCGAGAGCUCCCGCCAGGCCUGGACUGGAUCCUCACAACGCAGCUCCCGUCACCUGGAAGAGGACUAUGCAGAUGUCUACCAGGACCUGUACCAGCCCCACCGCCAACACACCUCGGGGCUGCCCAGUGCUAACGGGCACGACCCCCAAGACCGGCUCCUAGCCCAGGACUCGGAGCACGACCACAAUGACCGGAACUGGCAGCGCAACCGGCCUUGGCCUAAGGACAGCUACUGACCACCUCCUGCCCUACCCCGGCAGGCGCAGGCACAGCGGCUGGGGUGCCUACCUCAGGCCGGUUGGAGUUAGACUGGCAUUAGGCUGCCACUAGGUUCAGCUCCCACAACCCUCUGCCCAGCCCCAGGUCCAGGGCUGACUGUGGUCCCAAGGUUCUGGGAGAAGCAAGGGGCCCCCUCACCUCCUGGGCACAGUGACCCCGUAGGUUCUCAUCCCAGGUACUAGCCGUGUUCUGCAUCUCUGGCCCCUUCCUCACCUGCACAAGAAGCUGCCCCAGAGGGCAACGACCUCAGGCCAGGAUCACUUAGCAAGGGGACUUCCAGCCAGAACAGAUGCCCCUCUAAGUAGCUAGAGGGCGGGAGUUGGUAAUACAGCCUGGGGGAGAAACACAGUCCUAAGCAAGGGGACUCGGUUGUACUUUGGGGUCCAAGGGCCUCCACUCACCUCACUGCCACACAUCAGAAAUGAUACAGUCAGAGCUCAACGUGGUGGCACGUGUGUCUCACGAGCUGGGGUGGGCGCUUACACCAAAGGCAGGAACAGUUUGAGUGAGGCUGGACAGAAAACUCACAGCUGAAGCUCUGGUAGAAAAGGGCCCUCCUCACCAAACCAGGAAGCUUAGCAUCUGACGAGACUAGGGAACGAGGGGCCAGUCAGGCCAGAGCCAGCCUGCACUGCGGAGGGCAGAACAGCUUCUGGCCCCCCUUGCCUUUCUCAUUCUUUUGCCCUUGCACCUGUCAUUUCUGUUCUUUCCCUCCAUGCCUCCUGCAAGAUAGGGGCUCCCUGACUCAUAGCUGCCGCUUGUUAAGUUAGGGUUAGAGGAGAACAGGACCCGGUGGACAGCCCGGAGGCCGUCCACCUGGCUACCCCUGCCGUAUGGCUCUAGCGUGUGACCCACAGAGCAUGCUCCAUUAAGAACCUGCCACACCUCAUUGUCAUCUCCAAUAAAACACCAUGCACAGUC